AGACAGGAGUAGAGGAAGAAAGAGAGAAACGAGCAUAGAAAGAACACAAGUCACCACCUUAAAAGUCUGCCUCUACACCUGCAAAAAGAGAAAAAAGAAGCCAGGAGUAGGAAGAAGUGAACGCUUAUCUAAUCCCCUACAUAUUAAUAUGUUUAGGGUAAAAAAAAAACCCAUAAAAUUUAUUUUGUUUUAUUUUUUUACACUUUUUAAAAUAAAGGGUAGAUUUGUGGAGUGUAAAACGUAUUAUCUUGUCUACAGAUAUCAUAUAAAAUACUUUUUGCUACGUACUUUGACGUAACAAAAAGUGAAAAUGUCCAAGGAGUGAGAAUAGUUUAGUCACUUUUAUCAAAUUAGGUGUAGUUUACAAAUAACAUUAUGCUUUCCGAGAAGAAGGAAUUGGGCUAGGUACGACAUAUGAUGGUUCCUCUACACCACAGGCAUAAUGUUGUCUUUCGAAACAAAAAUGCCCAGCAGUUUUACUCAAAGCAUGCCCGACGGCUCCUACCAAAAAAAAAUUAUCUGCCAUGUUGAAAAUGUCAUUUUCAGUAGGCAACAGUGGAAUUCAGCUUUCAAAUAAAAUAAAAUCAAGUUUGAGUUUGAAUUAAGACAAAAAAAUAAAUAAAAUCCAAUUAGCUCCACAAACACGUGUAAGAGUCCCUCUCUGUGUGUGUCCGCAUACUGAGCUGUCCUGUGAUUCACCUUGUGCCUUUGAAAUUAUUCACAAGGCAGUUACGCUCAGCUAUGCAUCCAUUAAGCACCAUCUGCAGUCGGCCGGGUUAAGAAUGAAGGGAGGGUAGAGAGGUGCGCGACAGCUGAUGGAGAGACGGGGAAAGAGAGAGAGUGGGGAAAUGGUUGAAUAACAGGUGACGGCGAGGGAGAAUAGAUGAGGGCAGCAGAUAAAGUGAGCACUAAAAGCAGUGGAUUGGAUGGAUGUUGAAAGCAGGACUCGCUGUGCAUGUAUUUUGCAUACCAUCUGUGUGAGGAAUCAGGGGUUUUGCUCAGUGGGGGUGGGCGUGUGUGUGUGUGUGUGUGUGUGUGUGUAGCUACAGAAGCCAGAGCAUCUGCUUGUGUCAGUGCAUCACUGCGGGUUCAAGCCUUUGUUGAAUUUUAUCCACAGAUGACCUGCUGAAACGGGCUCCCCCGUUCGCCGCCCUCUGCUGCUGCGUUGCCCCAGCAACAGACGAGUCAGGCCGGUUGUAAUUGGGGGUCUGCCGUGUUCCCUGCUGCAACAAGAGGUCACGUUGGAAGUCCAGUUCAUAAUCAUGACAAGCUGCCGAGCAGGGACUCCCCAAUAUAUGGACACCAUUAGUCCUGGACUGAUAGAAUAGACGUUCCAAAGGGACAAUCCAGCCCCGACUACAAGAUCAUAGAGUCUUCACACGAAAAAAAACUCCUGCCAAGAAGACCCAAAAGAACAUUUUUCCUGACUCGUCGAGAACAUUCAGGUUGCAGUGAUGAAGGUUUCAGUACCAACAAAGACUUUCACCUUCUACAGCAUUUUCUAGGAACUGAGUCCAAGUCAGUCCACACGUCUCAAGUGUGAAUCGUCUCCGUCGGACUUUUCCAACACCAAGAUGGAAUCACGUUUCUCGGGACCCGACGCCUGUUUUGCUGAAACGUGUUGCUCCUGCCGUAGAGAACAAUUUGAUUUGGAAAGCAGACGUGAUUACGGAGGGGGCGAUUUACAAGUGAUUUACAAGACUAAUAACAAGCACCGUGUGGUGAUAAAACAUGCAAUCAGGAGUUGAGGGAAGGCCAUCCCAGAGGUUGGAGACCUGGAGGCACGAUGGCAGCCGCCUGCAAAGCUGCUUGCUGCGUUUCCUUCCUAAUGUGGAUCCUGGCUGAUUUUACAGUCUACCCAGCUGAGUCCCUGGAGAACGUGGCACCAGAGGGAAUAGCAUCUCAGUCAUCCACUGCUUUCCUUGGUGUUGCCUCAAGGGCAGUCGAUGGAAACAGAGACCCAGAGUACGCUGACGGAUCCUGCACUCAUACAGGGGGGGAACCAAACCCGUGGUGGAGUCUGCUGUUGCCAGUUGUGUACCGAGUCUCGACGGUUAGCAUCACCAACAGGAACGUAGCGAGCGAGAGGCUAAAUAAUGCUGAGAUCCUCAUCGGGAAUUCCUUAGAGAACAACGGCAAAAACAACCCCAGAUGUGCUGUCAUUUCCUCCAUCCCCCCUGGGGGCACCGAAAGCUUUAACUGCACAGGAAUGACAGGUCGGAUGUUGACCGUGAAGGUCAGCACCUCAUACGGCUUUCUGACAAUGUGUGAGCUAGAAAUCUAUGGAGAACCUGCUGCUCCCUCGCCAUCCUUCAACGCAGUGGUGAUGGGACGUAGAGUAGCCGUUGUGCAGAAGAAGCUGUGCUGGUCGGACGCCUUGUUGUACUGCAGGGAACACUACUGGGACCUCCUCAGCGUUCGCAGUGAGCAGGAGCAGAGAGGGUUGGAGGAGGUGUUGAGAAACACAACCUUCCUGACAAACGACCCCUCCGUUUCUUCCGGACAUGUGUGGCUGGGACUGCGCAGGCGUCUGAUGGGGAGCUCGUGGUUUUGGAUGUCUGGUGCUUCUGUGAGCUACAUUUACUGGAAAGAACAACACAUCUGGCAGGUCACAAGUCCCUGCGGUGGCGUGGACGCCGGCGACUCGUUCUACUGGAGGAAUUUUCCGUGUGGCGAUCACCUCUAUUUCGUCUGCUUGAAAGAAUUUGAGAAAAACGGGGAGCGUGUGGAGUUCUACAGUUUCACCAGACAGUAAACGUCCCCGGGAAGACAAACUCUGGUUUCACUCACUUCGCUCGGUCUGAGCUCUCUGUAGCAUGCGGUCUUUUCAGGACAGCAGACUUAGAAGUUUAGAAAUUAUACCACAAAACACAUUUCUCCUGCACGGUAAAUUGGAAUGCUUUGCUCUUUUUGGGUGUUAGAAGUGGCAGUACUGGGAUGUGCUGUGGUGGCGCAGGGGUUAAGCAGAGGCCUUAGUCCUCGUGGCUGUCGCAGGUUCGAUUCCCGGCCUGGCGACCUUUGCUGCAUGUCUUCCCCCUUCUCUCAUUACACACUUUCCUGUCAAUUAACUAUCAAAUAAAGGCCACUAGAGCCAAUAAAACCUUUAAAAAAAAAGAAGUGGCAGUACUGUCCAAAAGUGUGCAAACUUCAAACUGUCGAGCUACAAACUUCUAACAAAGUACUAAACUGUCUUUGUCUGAUAUUAAACUAUCAUUCCUACAAUCUA